GGACUUGGGCUUAUUUAUUUACAGAGCGCCUGGACGGCGGAGGCUGGAGGAGGCGGUAGCUGUGGCUGCCGCAGACGGUGGUUAAAAAAAGGAGGAGAAGGAGGCGGCGGCGGCGGUGGCGGCUGCGAGGGAUGGGAGCGCCCAGGCUUCAGAGCGCAGGCCGAAGCUGCCGAGCUUUCCUGGGGCUGCGGGAGUACUGAGGAGAAAAGGGGGACGUCCCGGGGGCCCACAGGCGACUCCAGAGGCCCGGACUGGGGUCUUUUUGUUUGGCUGCUCUCAGCGCCCUGCAGCCAGAGCGGAUAACUCCAGUUACAACAACAACCCACCUUCCAGCAGCCGGGCGAGACUUAAGCUGCCGAGUCCGUCCUAUUGUUUAGACACUUGCCUGGGGCUCUGGAGCGCCAGUCCGCGUUCAGUCUCCGCCUUCCCUCUCUCCCUCCACCUUCCUCCCAGGAACCGCGAGUGCCGAAAGCAUCCCUGAGAGGGGAAGGGGCUGGAAGCCAAGCGCUGCUUAGACUGCGGUCGCCGAGUCAGGUGCAACGUCCGGGGCCAAGCGGCAUCUCAACGUCUGCGGCUGGACUCCUCCCGCGACAGUGGGAGACCGGAUCCAACGCCUGAGGAAACUUCCUGCACUUUGAGGCUGAGGACCCACUUGUAGGGGCUGCCUGAGGGGUGGCUGAGAGGCUGCAUACAACAGGACGUCGCUGUUGUUUCCUCUACCUGUGCCGUCAGGUGUGUGCUGCGGAGCUGCGGUGUAUCCCGGAGACCAGAGUGGCUGGCUGACAAGAGCGCGCACACUCUACUGCCAUUUGGCUGUCGCCUGGGGUCUGCCAGAAGUAGCAGAUCCCAUCUUCCUGCCUACCACUUAGUAGUCAUCCAUCAGGGCAUAGUAGCAGCACUGGCAUCGCGGACACCUAGUCUUUGCUUUGCUCUUCUGGGUUUGCCUGUCUGCAAAUCUUGCCCAGCCAGUACCCACUCAGUCUUCCGUCCUACUCAACUUGGCUUACUGGAUUUUUUUUUUUUUCCUGCAGGGGUGAGGACUAGUGGAUAUUCCUGCAAGGCUGCAGCGGUCCGACUGCCCUUUUGUCUCUCUGUGUGACCUCAGGGGCAGGCCCUGGUGCAGAGCGUCGCCAAGGACGCCGGGAGGGAGGCGGGAUUGCCAAGAUAUCCUCCAGUGUAGUGCAUGAGUGUGUACAAGCCAUCCUUGGCUGUCGGGAAGCGGAGAAGACGGCUUGGGGCUGCUGCUGUGCCGCAGGAGUGGAGAGGCCCGGUGAGCUGAGCCCUGCGCCCCGCAUCGCCUCCCGCCGCCCCCAAGGCUGCCUGAAUACCGGGUGCGCCCCCGCGCGCGCCAUGACCAGUCUUUCCGAGGGCUCUGCUUUGGACCUACGAGGCCCUUGCCCCUUCUAGCUUCGGGGGAGCCCACUUUGAUCAGGGCCACCAUUACUGUUAAAGUCCCCACCUCAGCCUUGUACUCUCCCCACUGGAAUUGGAUUUGCUAAAGGGUACGUGGGAUCAGAAGUCCUCCCUCGUCCUCAAGCCACCAGCCUCUGCAUUUUCGCGGACACUGCAAGUAGGAGCUCUUUUACCGCCAAGUUGAAGUCGCUCUCUGUCCUCACAGCUGCUUCGGGGGUCUACUCCCAGCCUGAGUCGGGGCCUAUUGAUAUUCAGGACCUGAAGUUGCCCACGGAUCUUCUGCUCUGUUGGAAAGGCUUGGAGAGCAGAGGAAAGACGUGUGCUUCAGUCAGCUCUCCUGCCCCAUAUCACUGUUCCAUAUUACUGUGUGAGCAUCUCCCCGGGUGCUGUGGGCUGCAAGCCUAGAGCCAGGCACUGGGCUUCCAGUACUGCCCAGUUUUCACGCAACCCAACCGAAAGCUCAAGAGAAGUCCCUCAAAGCAAGGAGUAUGUUGGGGAAGAUGAGUGGCACUGGCUGGCAGACACUGUCCCUAUCUCUUGGGUUAGUGUUGUCGAUCUUGAACAAGGUGGCGCCGCAGGCGUGCCCGGCCCAGUGCUCCUGUUCUGGCAGCACAGUGGACUGUCAUGGACUGGCACUGCGCAGUGUGCCUAGGAAUAUCCCCCGCAACACCGAGAGACUGGAUUUGAAUGGAAAUAACAUCACGAGGAUCACGAAGACAGAUUUUGCUGGUCUCAGGCACCUCAGAGUUCUUCAGCUCAUGGAGAACAAGAUCAGCACCAUCGAGAGGGGAGCAUUCCAGGACCUUAAGGAGCUGGAAAGGCUGCGUUUAAACAGAAAUAACCUUCAGUUGCUUCCUGAGCUGCUGUUUCUUGGGACUGCGAAGCUCUACCGGCUUGAUCUCAGUGAAAAUCAAAUUCAAGCAAUUCCAAGGAAGGCUUUCCGUGGGGCAGUUGACAUUAAAAAUCUGCAACUGGAUUACAACCAGAUCAGCUGCAUUGAAGACGGGGCAUUCCGAGCUCUGCGAGAUCUGGAAGUGCUCACUCUGAACAAUAACAAUAUUACUAGACUUUCAGUGGCAAGUUUCAACCAUAUGCCUAAACUUAGGACAUUUCGACUUCACUCCAACAACCUGUAUUGUGACUGCCACCUGGCCUGGCUCUCGGACUGGCUUCGCCAAAGGCCAAGGGUGGGCUUGUACACUCAGUGUAUGGGCCCAUCCCACCUGAGGGGCCAUAAUGUAGCAGAGGUUCAAAAACGAGAAUUUGUCUGCAGUGAUGAGGAAGAAGGUCACCAGUCAUUCAUGGCUCCCUCCUGCAGUGUGCUGCACUGCCCUGCUGCUUGUACCUGUAGCAACAACAUUGUAGACUGCCGAGGGAAAGGUCUCACUGAGAUCCCCACAAAUCUGCCUGAGACCAUCACAGAAAUACGUUUGGAACAGAACUCCAUCAGGGUCAUCCCUCCAGGAGCCUUCUCACCAUACAAAAAGCUUAGACGCCUAGACCUGAGCAAUAACCAGAUCUCUGAACUUGCUCCAGAUGCCUUCCAAGGACUGCGUUCUCUAAAUUCCCUUGUCCUGUAUGGAAACAAAAUCACAGAACUCCCAAAAAGUUUAUUCGAAGGACUAUUUUCCUUACAGCUACUAUUAUUGAAUGCCAACAAGAUAAACUGCCUUCGGGUAGAUGCUUUCCAGGACCUGCACAACUUGAAUCUUCUUUCCUUAUACGACAAUAAGCUUCAGACUGUUGCCAAGGGCACCUUCUCAGCUCUCAGAGCCAUCCAAACUAUGCAUUUGGCCCAGAAUCCUUUCAUUUGUGACUGCCAUCUCAAGUGGCUAGCGGAUUAUCUCCACACCAACCCAAUUGAGACCAGCGGUGCCCGUUGCACCAGCCCCCGCCGCCUGGCGAACAAAAGAAUUGGACAGAUCAAAAGCAAGAAAUUCCGUUGUUCAGCUAAAGAACAGUAUUUCAUUCCAGGAAUUCACCAUUUGGCCUGUACAGAAGAUUAUCGAUCAAAAUUAAGUGGAGACUGCUUUGCAGACUUGGCUUGUCCUGAAAAGUGUCGCUGUGAAGGGACCACAGUAGACUGCUCCAAUCAAAAACUCAACAAAAUCCCAGACCAUAUUCCCCAGUAUACAGCAGAGCUACGUCUCAAUAAUAAUGAAUUUACAGUGUUAGAAGCCACAGGAAUAUUCAAGAAACUUCCUCAGUUACGUAAAAUCAACUUCAGCAACAAUAAGAUCACUGAUAUCGAGGAGGGAGCAUUCGAGGGCGCAUCUGGUGUGAACGAAAUUCUUUUCACCAGUAACCGUUUGGAAAAUGUUCAGCAUAAGAUGUUCAAAGGAUUGGAGAGCCUCAAAACAUUGAUGCUGAGAAGUAAUCGAAUAAGCUGUGUUGGAAAUGACAGUUUCAUAGGACUGGGCUCUGUGCGUCUGCUUUCUUUAUAUGACAAUCAAAUUACUACAGUUGCUCCAGGAGCAUUUGAUACUCUCCAUUCAUUAUCUACACUAAACCUCUUGGCCAAUCCUUUCAACUGUAACUGUCACCUGGCAUGGCUGGGAGAAUGGCUCAGAAGGAAAAGAAUUGUAACAGGAAAUCCCCGAUGCCAAAAACCCUACUUUCUGAAGGAAAUCCCAAUCCAGGAUGUAGCCAUUCAGGACUUCACCUGUGAUGAUGGAAAUGAUGACAAUAGUUGCUCUCCACUCUCCCGUUGUCCUUCGGAAUGUACCUGCUUGGAUACAGUAGUACGAUGUAGCAACAAGGGCUUGAAGAUCUUGCCUAAAGGUAUUCCCAAAGAUGUCACUGAGCUGUAUCUGGACGGGAACCAGUUUACACUGGUCCCGAAGGAACUCUCUAACUACAAACAUUUAACACUUAUAGACUUAAGUAACAACCGAAUAAGCACCCUUUCCAAUCAAAGCUUCAGCAAUAUGACCCAGCUUCUCACCUUAAUUCUCAGUUACAACCGUCUGAGGUGUAUCCCUCCACGAACCUUUGAUGGAUUGAAGUCUCUUCGGUUACUGUCUCUACAUGGAAAUGACAUUUCUGUCGUGCCUGAAGGUGCCUUCAGUGACCUUUCAGCCUUGUCACACUUAGCGAUUGGAGCCAACCCUCUUUACUGUGAUUGUAACAUGCAGUGGUUAUCCGACUGGGUGAAGUCGGAAUAUAAGGAACCUGGAAUUGCCCGCUGUGCUGGUCCUGGAGAAAUGGCAGAUAAAUUGUUACUCACAACUCCCUCCAAAAAAUUUACAUGUCAAGGGCUCCCAGGGCCCUGUGGCUUCCUAAUCCCAGGUCCUGUGGAUGUUACUAUUCAAGCCAAGUGUAAUCCCUGUUUAUCAAAUCCGUGUAAAAAUGAUGGCACCUGUAACAAUGAUCCAGUUGAUUUUUAUCGAUGUACCUGUCCAUAUGGUUUCAAGGGCCAGGACUGUGAUGUCCCCAUUCAUGCCUGUAUCAGUAAUCCAUGUAAACAUGGAGGAACUUGCCACUUAAAAGAAGGAGAGAAUGACGGAUUCUGGUGCACUUGUGCUGAUGGGUUUGAAGGAGAAAACUGUGAAGUCAAUAUUGAUGAUUGUGAAGAUAAUGAUUGUGAAAAUAAUUCUACGUGCGUUGAUGGAAUUAACAACUACACAUGUCUUUGCCCACCGGAAUACACAGGCGAACUGUGUGAGGAAAAGCUGGACUUCUGUGCACAAGACCUGAAUCCUUGCCAGCAUGACUCCAAGUGCAUCCUGACUCCAAAGGGAUUCAAGUGUGACUGCACUCCGGGAUACAUUGGUGAGCAUUGUGACAUUGACUUUGAUGACUGCCAAGAUAACAAAUGUAAAAAUGGUGCCCACUGCACAGAUGCAGUGAACGGAUACACAUGCGUCUGUCCUGAUGGCUACAGCGGCUUGUUCUGUGAGUUUUCUCCACCCAUGGUCCUCCCUCGCACCAGCCCCUGUGAUAAUUUUGAUUGUCAGAAUGGAGCCCAGUGUAUCAUCAGGAUAAAUGAACCAAUAUGCCAGUGUUUGCCUGGCUACCUGGGAGAAAAGUGUGAGAAACUUGUCAGUGUGAAUUUUGUCAACAAAGAGUCCUAUCUUCAGAUUCCUUCAGCCAAGGUUCGGCCUCAGACCAACAUCACACUUCAGAUUGCCACAGAUGAAGACAGCGGCAUCCUCUUGUAUAAGGGUGACAAAGACCACAUUGCCGUGGAACUCUAUCGAGGGCGAGUUCGAGCCAGCUAUGACACCGGCUCUCACCCGGCUUCUGCCAUUUACAGUGUGGAGACAAUCAACGAUGGAAACUUCCACAUUGUGGAGCUACUGACCCUGGACUCCAGUCUUUCCCUCUCUGUGGAUGGAGGAAGCCCUAAAAUCAUCACCAAUUUGUCAAAACAAUCUACUCUAAAUUUUGACUCUCCACUUUAUGUAGGAGGCAUGCCUGGAAAAAAUAACGUGGCAUCGCUGCGCCAAGCCCCUGGACAAAACGGCACCAGCUUCCACGGCUGUAUCCGGAACCUUUACAUUAACAGUGAGCUGCAGGACUUCCGGAAAGUACCUAUGCAAACCGGAAUUCUGCCUGGCUGUGAGCCAUGCCACAAGAAAGUAUGUGCCCACGGCACAUGCCAGCCCAGCAGCCAAUCAGGCUUCACCUGUGAAUGUGAGGAAGGGUGGAUGGGGCCCCUCUGUGACCAGAGAACCAAUGAUCCCUGCCUCGGAAACAAAUGUGUACAUGGGACCUGCUUGCCCAUCAAUGCCUUCUCCUACAGCUGUAAGUGCCUGGAGGGCCAUGGGGGUGUCCUCUGUGAUGAAGAAGAAGAUCUGUUUAGCCCCUGCCAGAUGAUCAAAUGCAAGCAUGGGAAGUGCAGGCUCUCUGGACUCGGGCAGCCCUAUUGUGAAUGCAGCAGUGGAUUCACAGGGGACAGCUGUGAUAGAGAAAUUUCUUGUCGAGGGGAACGGAUAAGGGAUUAUUACCAGAAGCAGCAGGGUUAUGCUGCCUGUCAAACAACCAAGAAAGUAUCUCGCUUGGAAUGCAGAGGCGGGUGUGCUGGGGGGCAGUGCUGUGGACCUCUGAGAAGCAAGAGGCGGAAAUACUCUUUCGAAUGCACAGAUGGAUCCUCAUUUGUGGACGAGGUUGAGAAGGUGGUGAAGUGCGGCUGCGCAAGAUGUGCCUCCUAAGCGCGUCUCGAGAAGCUUCUGUCUUCGGCGAAGGUUGUACACUUCUUGACCAUGUUGGACUAAUUCAUGCUUCAUAAUGGAAAUAUUUGAAAUAUAUUGUAAAAUACAGAACAGACUUAUUUUUAUUAUGAUAGUAAAGACUUGUCUGCAUUUGGAAAAAAAAAUAAUAAAAGACACGCUCUACUAAAGCUUCCCCUACACUGGAGAAGUGUGAAGAAAAGCCACACUUGGAGGCAUUAGUGCAGCGGUCGGGACCAUUGCAACACGGAGCCAUCUUUGGAACAUGCUAAAACUUAGCAGAAGCACAUAUACAAGAGCCUGCCAUGGGACUGUAUGCUCAUAUGCGCUUGCCCAGAGCAUCAAACCCAUGACUCCCUUCACAUCGGUUCCCAAGGACACAUCAUCGAGCACAAGUGUGUGAAUGAGACUGUGAGGUAGAUGAAUGGAAAUCCAGAAUCUGUAGAUAGAUCCAAGGGAUGAGAUAUAUUUUGUGCAAGAUCUAAAGUGUCCUGACAUCUGGGUUUCAUUCGGAGAGAGAUGAGUGUGGAGUGCUGCGAUGUAUUUUAUUGUCUUUGGCAAUGACAGCACAUAAGCAGAAACAGCACACGAAAGUGUUUAGCUACCAGUUUCCAGUAUUAAAUUUUUUGUAAUAUAAAUGACAAAGGAGAUAAUAAAGAACCAAUAGAUUAUUGAUAAAUAAAAAAAUUAGUAAUAUGAAUUUUUGUUUCUAUGAGUCCUAAAUAGCCCUAUACAGUAUUCAUUUUCAAUGAGGAAUAUUUAUUGUAUUAAAGUACAUUUUACUUAACGAUUUAGAUCAUCAUUUUGGACUGUUUCUCGAUGCUUUAAUAUAUAUUAAUUUAUAAUUAUCCUGAUAUUUUUGUACAUUUUCAAACUUUAAAAAAAAAUCAGGAUUUUUUUUGGCAAUAGUACUAACAUAGGAUGUUAUUUUGUUAUCUCUGGAUAAGUAUAUGUUCUUCUGUUGGCUGACCUUGAUAUCUGACCACUGAUGUCACUGAACUGUGGCCUCCUUCAGGACACUUGCAGACGCCUUGCAAAAUCUCAGAGUAGAAACAGCAAGUGCAUCCAUCUGCCACAUGUCCUCACAGGAAGAAGGAACUCAUCUGUAGCAAUGGCCAGUAAGAAGUAGAUGUUUUACAAAUUAAUUAAUAAAUAUUUCCUUGCCAUGCUUUGGGGGAGGGUGGGAGAAGAAAGACUGUUAUGUCAAAAAUUGUAAUUUCUCUCCAAACAAUAAAAUUCCUUUAUUACCUUAC